GGAACCUAAGCUUAGGUUAGGUCCUACCCCGCCUACCUACUUUAAGCUCUCCACUGGGUACCUAUGUACCUACCGAAACUUCAAUGGGCACAGGCGCCACAGUUAGUUAGGUAAAGCUAGAAGUUGGGAGGUUCCAUCAUAGGUAGGCUUGACCUCCAGCUCUCUCUACACCAAAACAACCCAUCGCAACACAUCGCAAUAUCAUCAGCUUCGACAUCUGUCUCCUGGGCUCCCAUCCUUGACCAACGAGAUCUGCACACCACUGCCGCGAAUUCGAGUCUGAAUCAACACGAGCUAUACCUGUCCGCCAACUUGUUUAAGCAGUACCUACUCAAACCCAUCGCUGCCUGUUUAAGUUAGACGUCGACCUGAAACCCCUUGAAUCUCCAUCAUGGUUGUCUAUUCAUUCCACAUCUUCGACCGACACACCGAAUGUGUCUACUCCAAGUCCUGGCUUCCGCCAUCAGCGGGUUCCGAAACCGCUGCUCCAAGCACAUCCUCUGAUGAUGCAAAGCUCCUAUUCGGCACCGUCUUCUCCCUUCGAAAUAUGGUCCGUAAGCUCGGCGGUGAUGACGAUGCAUUUAUCAGCUACCGUACUUCCCAGUAUAAGCUACACUUUUACGAGACACCCGCCAACUUGAGAUUUGUUAUUCUCACCGACACAGCGACCUUGAGCAUGCGCAAUGUGCUACAUCAAAUUUACAUAAACCUAUGGGUGGAAUAUGUGGUCAAGAACCCCCUGGCGCCUGUGGAACACAAAAAUGGCGAUGGUGUCAAGAACGAGCUCUUUGAGCUGGGCCUUGAUCAGUUCAUCAGGGGCUUGAUGUGACCGGGAGGAGCUGGAAUAUUCCAGCAGUUUUCAACGCAUUACCUUUGAGAAUACCACUUACGACCAUGGGGCCUUGAAGAUGGGGAAACAAACUCACGUCCCCCCAGUCGGUCGAGACACUGCGCUCCCGGACAUGACCUAAGAGCUGCAGGCAUGAAGGAUGUUUAUCUACUGGCCUCACUGUCACCAGGAGCAUAGCCCAAACAUAAGAACAUGGAACUCGCGUUUGCCCGGCUCCGAAUAGGAUGACGGUUUCGGCAUGGCAGCGCAAUUCCGUACCAGGAGCUCGGAAACGUCCCUCAUGUUCGGCUCAGGAGGCAUGCGAAAGUAGAAGAGGAGAGAAGACUACACCAAACGCCAUUUCCGGCAUCAAUGUUAUACAAGGGGGGUUGUUAAACCAAAUCCCUCGGACUCGACUGAACUAUGUCAACACCAUAUACUCGCCUCUAAAUAACCAACAUGUGACAUUUGUUUGAGCCUUUGAUAGCCCAGAUGCUUCCCAAUAUUAUGCUGCUCCUUUAUCUCCAUCCCUGAUUUACAUGUAACAAUCCCGCCAUGACUCCCAAAGUUAUGUAGCAACACAACAAACACAACCAGAACACAUACUCUUCACGACUUGUCCUCCACUGCUCGUCCCCAUGCACCCUCGAAGCCCCCCUGAGGGUCUACUACAACCAGGCUUGAUUCGCCUUGUGCACCUUGGACUUGUGUCUGUGCCUGAG